AUUUGUAACCGGAAGUGAACGAGCCUAGCCUAAAGUGGGGACCAACCCGAGGUGUGAGUGGGCAGCGGAGACCGCGCAGUCACCGGCGACCGCGCAGUCACCGGCAAAAGCCCACGGCAGCGACCGGCAGAGCCGGGGUCGCAGCGGCCGCCCGGGCCACCGCCUCGCGUGCUGCGCUCGGCCCCGGUCAGGCCUCCAUUUACCCUGUCUGCACCCCGUUCCCAGCCUCCAUCGUUUUUAAUAGGGGAUUUUUAACUGUCCAAGAAACUGUUACUCGAAAUGUCACCAUGUACCUGCAUUCUGAUGCAGUGAAAGAUGGAAGGGAACGAGAGCUGUUCAUUUAAAUGGGAAUUGAGACUGAUCUCCGAUUUUCAUGUCCCACUUGCCUUUUAACCAUUGUUAAAAAAACAAAACACAAAGCCUCGGUUGAAUCGAGCGUUCCCCGUCCGCUGAGUCAGCACAGGUCACAGCGGGUGGCCGAGUCCCCGCGUGAGACGCAGGAGGGGACAGUCUCCUGGGUCUGUGAGUGUUUUGGGCGCAUCCUAUGGAGACGUAACGCCGAAAACAACGGGGCUUAGGCUGGCAGUGCGAGUUCAUCCUGGUUUUCGUUAGUUUUGUUUCUUGGGCAAGGUAGACUUAUUUUUACAUUUUUCCCAAAAGCAGUCUUAGUUGACAAAAGUAUGUGUCUGAAACUGGGAAAGAAAUAUAGCUUGAUCUUGUUCAGGUCACGUGGAGGAAUGCAAUAGCUGUUUUCUUUCAGGAAAGGUGGAUUUAAUUAAAGUUUAGAGAAGACUUAUUUUGUGGGGUUGAGGGGACUGAUUUGCUUCUCUUAAGUUUUUCAGUAGCUGAACCUGUCCCCCUCAAAUUAAGAAAGUUUGUAGCCAAAGAAGGCUUUUGGUCUUGGAUAUUGCAGCUGGAGUGAAGCAGCCUUUCUGUGUUAGCGUGGUGAAUCUGUGGGUGGCUGUAUGUGUUGCCCUUAUCCAGAGUGGAAUUGAAUGUCAUGAAUCCUUUCAGGAAUGUCAUUUCUGCCUGUAGACUGUAAGGUUCUAAUAUUGUAAAGGACAAAGAUUAGCAGGUCACCCAGUUGACCCAAUGUGUUGGGGGCAGUUUAAAAGACUGAUGUAAGGCCUGAAUGGCUGUGGACAGGGACAGGUCAGUGGCCAGGGUGUCGGGAAGUUCCUAGCUGACAUUCCUUUACAUCUCCCAGCAAAGCUGCAGGCAGAGGUAGAUGGUCAAGUUCAAAGGCUGUGGGAUGGCUGGGAAACUGCUGGCCUUGGCAGACUGUAUUUGCAUCCUCUUUGUAACAUUCCAGGGCAGUGGAUUCAGCCUACAUCCUUGAAAUGGAUCGGAGUUGGUCAAAGGUGGAAGAUGUCAACCAUUUGGAAGCAAAUAAACCAAACCUAGGCCUUGUCCAGAAGGAGGCUUUACCUGUUCAUCCUUCAGCACACAGGGAGUAUGGCAGAUGGGACACAUUCAUGAGAGAGCUCUAUCAAGCAUCAAAUGGCAGGCAAUCUUCCUACCUUGAUCGCUGACUUUUCUGGCAGAGACAGUGAAAGAUGACAGCUGUGACCCCAUGUCCUGUUGUUUAAAAAGACGCUAAACUCAUCUGAGAAGCAGGACUGAAGCUUGCUUGGCUUUUGCCCUGGCUCUCUCCUCCACCUCAGCACCCUUUCCCUUCUGGAACUUUUUUCAUCAUCAUACACUUACUGCCCUCUUCCAUGGGUACCCUGUCUUAGAAGCCCAGUGAUGACACUGACCUCCAAUCGACUCCCUCUGCAGUUCCCCCAUCCUGCUAGUGUGGAGUGGACUGAACUUCCAGCCCGGGGAGAUGAGGAAGUUGAGGCUAUGAAGGGUGAAAUGACUUGUCCAGAGCCACACACCUGGAGAGUGACAACGGUGGAAUUUGAACCCACUCAGACUGAUUACAGAGCCGAAGAUGAUAAGCACCUCCAGAGGCACAAAUAAAGGGGCGCACCUUAUUGAGGCGAGCACCGAAGUUUGGAGGUAGACGAGCAGGCGAGCGGUUCGGCCGGGCGCGGAGCAUGCAGGCCGGGCGGGCGCGGGGAGCGGGCGCCCGCCGCCCGGCGCGGGGGUGAGCGAGAGAGAGAGCGGAGCGCGUGUGGCCGGCGCCGCUCGCUCGGCCGGGAGCUCCCGCGCCCGCGCCCCGCGCCCCGCGCCCGCCGCCGCCGCCGCCGCCCCUGGUGCGAUGGCGCAGAAACCCCGUUGACAAGGCACUGCUUUUUCAUGACGUUGUCAUGGAUGAUGAUGAUGACUCGUGUCUCCUUGAUCUUAUCGGAGACCCACAAGCAUUGAACUACUUUCUCCAUGGACCCAGUAACAAACCUAGUGCUGAUCCUAAGUCGUCCCUCAAAGGUGUAAGCAACCAGCUUGGAGAAGGGCCCAGUGAUGGAGUACCACUUUCAAGUAGCCUUCAGUUUCUUGAAGAUGAACUUGAGUCUUCUCCUCUUCCUGAUCUCAGUGAGGACCAACCUUUCGACAUUCUUCAGAAAUCCUUGCAGGAGGCAAAUAUCACUGAACAGACAUUGGCAGAAGAGGCGUAUUUGGAUGCCAGUAUAGGUUCAAGCCAACAGUUUGCACAAGCUCAGCUUCAUCCUUCUUCAUCAGCAUCCUUUACUCAGGCUUCUAACGUUUCUAAUUACUCAGGUCAGACGCUGCAGCCUAUAGGGGUGACUCACGUGCCUGUUGGAGCAUCGUUCGCAAGCAAUACAGUGGGUGUGCAACAUGGCUUCAUGCAGCACGUGGGGAUCAGUGUUCCCAGCCAGCAUUUGUCUAACAGCAGUCAGAUUAGUGGUUCUGGUCAAAUACAGUUAAUUGGGUCAUUUGGUAAUCAGCCUUCCAUGAUGACUAUUAAUAACCUAGAUGGAUCUCAAAUCAUAUUAAAGGGCAACGGGCAGCAGGCCCCGUCAAAUGUGAGUGGAGGGCUUCUGGUUCAUAGACAGACUCCCAAUGGCAACUCCUUAUUUGGCAACUCCAGCUCCAGUCCAGUAGCACAGCCUGUUACCGUUCCAUUCAACAGCACAAAUUUCCAAACAUCCUUACCUGUGCAUAACAUCAUCAUACAGAGGGGUCUUGCACCAAAUUCAAAUAAAGUCCCAAUUAAUAUACAGCCAAAGCCUAUCCAGAUGGGGCAGCAGAAUACAUACAAUGUGAACAAUUUGGGAAUUCAGCAGCACCACGUCCAACAAGGGAUCUCUUUUGCCUCUGCAAGCUCUCCCCAGGGCUCCGUGGUUGGUCCACACAUGUCAGUGAACAUUGUAAACCAACAGAACGCAAGAAAGCCAGUCACCUCACAGGCAGUGAGCAGCACGGGGGGCAGUAUUGUCAUUCAUUCCCCCAUGGGUCAGCCUCAUGCCCCUCAAAGUCAGUUCCUCAUACCUACAAGCCUUUCAGUCAGCUCCAACUCAGUACACCACGUCCAGACCAUAAAUGGGCAACUUCUUCAGACUCAACCCUCUCAGCUCAUUUCUGGCCAAGUGGCCUCAGAGCAUGUCAUGUUGAACAGGACUUCUUCCAACAUGCUCAGGACCAACCAACCAUAUUCUGGACAGAUGCUGAGCAGCCAGAACACCUCUGUCCAGUUAGUAUCUGGGCAGACUUUUGCCACCUCGGGAAGUCCAGUGAUAGUUAAUCAUGCAUCUCCUCAGAUUGUUGGUGGACAGAUGCCCAUGCAACAGGCAUCACCAACCGUUUUGCACCUAUCACCUGGGCAGAGCGGUGUCUCCCAAGGAAGACCUGGCUUCACCGCUAUGCCCUCAGUGACAGGCAUGUCAGGACCUGCACGGUUUCCUGCUGUCAGCUCAGCCAGCACUGCGCAUCCUAGUCUUGGGGCUGCGGUUCAGUCUGGGGCAUCAGGAUCAAACUUUUCAGGAGAUCAGCUGACACAGCCAAAUAGGACUCCGGUACCAGUCAGUGUGUCCCAUCGUCUUCCAGUCUCUUCUUCCAAACCUACCAGCACCUUCAGUAACACACCUGGAGCAGGGAGCCAGCAACAGUUCUUCUGUCAGGCUCAGAAAAAAUGUUUGAAUCAGACCUCCCCCGUAUCCACUUCCAAGAGCGCAGAUUGCCUGAGGCAAGCACAGAUCCCCGGGCUCCUGAGCACAGCACUGCCAGGGCAGGAUUCUGGAAGUAAAGUUAUGCCAGUGUCCUUAGGAGCUGCCCAGCCGCAACAGGAGAAAGCAAUUGGAUCAUCCCCUGGCCAGCCAGCUGUGCAGGUGGACAGUCAUUCAGGAGGACAAAAAAGGCCUGCUGCCAAACAGCUGACUAAAGGAGCUUUCAUCCUCCAGCAGUUACACAGGGACCAAGCCCACGCUGUGACACCUGACAAAAGCCAGUUCCGAUCACUAAGUGAUGCGGUGCAAAGAUUGCUGUCCUACCACGUGUGCCAGGGCUCCAUGCCCACGGAGGAAGACUUGAGGAAAGUGGACAAUGAAUUUGAAACAGUUGCCACUCAGCUCCUAAAAAGGACCCAAGCUAUGCUAAACAAGUACCGAUGCCUGCUCCUAGAAGACGCCAUGCGGAUCAAUCCCUCUGCUGAGAUGGUCAUGAUUGACCGAAUGUUCAACCAGGAGGAAAGAGCUUCCCUGUCCCGAGACAAGCGGCUGGCGCUCGUAGACCCUGAGGGCUUUCAAAAGGCCGAUUUCUGCUGUUCCCUGAAGCUUGACUCAGCGGCUCAUGACGCACAGUUUGGCAGGAGUGACCAGCAUGGCAGUAAAACAACCAGCUCUCUACAUCUGGCAGCCAAGGCCCAAAGCAGAGACCGAGCCAAACCAGGCCUGGCAGAACCAACGAAUCAUGACCAAUUUCAUCCAGUGCCUAAUCACAUCGUGGUCUCUGCAGAGGGAAACAUUUCUAAAAAGACAGAAUGCCUCGGCAGAGCACUGAAAUUUGACAAAGCGGGCUUAGCUCAGUACCGGGGUGCAUCUGAAGAGAAGGGCAGUCGGAGAGACCCCAUGAAGGCUAACGAGUGCUCCCCUGGCCCCGAGGGGCACCGCAAAACCUUGUCCAGACCAGAUCAUGGUACUGAGAGCAAGCUUUCCAGCAUCCUGGUAGAUUCUCACUUGGAGAUGACAUGUAACAAUUCCUUCCAGGACAAAACUCGGAGGAAUUCCCCAAAGAAUGAAGUUUUACACACAGACAUCAUGAAAGGAUCUGGCGAGCCCCAGCCAGAUCUCCAGCUCACCAAGAGUUUAGAAACAACAUUUAAGAAUAUCUUGGAACUCAAGAAGGCUGGGCGGCAGCCCCAGAGUGACCCCGCUGUGAGCGGCUCUGUGGAGUUAGAUUUCCCCAACUUCUCUCCGAUGGCUUCACAGGAAAACUGCCUGGAAAAGUUCAUCCCGGACCACAGUGAAGGCGUUGUAGAAACAGACUCCAUUUUAGAAGCAGCUGUAAAUAGUAUCCUAGAGUGUUAAUAGCAGCAGUUCUUCCCCACCCUGACACCCAGCCCGGACAAGUUACAUUCUCUCCUGGCAAGAGCAAAUGGAAACGGUCUCCUGUCUCCAGCCUGCUUGGUCUUUCAUCACAGGUUCCGCUUUCUCAUCUAAUCCUGUUUGUUUAAGAGCAAUACUCGUGGUGGUUACAGGGAGAUCCUUUAGUACAGUUACCCUUGGUGGAAAGCAGUCUGAUAGGCUCUUCGCAUUUCAAGUGUCAUGAAAGUGCUUAUGGUCUUUUGUUGUUUCUUUGUUUUAUUUUUGUAAAACACUGUCACUCAAUGUGACCCCAGUACACUUGGCCCUGGGUAAAAUUUUGACAAUCAUAAGUCAUUUGAAAAGAACAAACUUAUUAAAGAAAAUCAAACAGGACUGAUAGAAGCUACUUUUUAAAGAGUAUCUCACUGCAACUCCAAGUUAGUGGUUAGUUUAGUUUUGUUUUUGUUUUGUUGGGGGAACACCACAUAGUCUCUCCCCAGUCAGCCCUCUCUGAGGUAAGUUGCUGGCUUCUCUGCCUGGUGUAAGAAGCCAAUAGCACACAGCAGGGCAUUUGCAGGCCUUCCCUCCCUGUCAGCCAAGUGCUUUUCUGAUGCUCCUGAAGCAAACCCUCCUGCUCAGCACAUCCAUUUGAAUUCAUCUAGGGAAUGCUCUGUACUUAGUCAUAACAGCAAGACUUGAAAUAACGUCACCAGGCUAAAUAAAGGAAAAUGAAAACCAGUCAAGUGGCACAGCGUACAGGGAGGCUGGGACAGAGCCAAGAGGAUUAUAAUAUGUAUAUAUGUUACUGUUGAGAAAAACGAGGGUUUUGCAUUUUAUAAUUGGGUAUAAUCAACAUACAAUGUAUGUUUUUGUUUGUUGCUGGGUUCUGUUUUGUUUAGCCUCUCUGUGUAUCCUCUCCCACAAGGAAUAGCCAAGCAUCAAAAGCACUUUCAUUUAAAAACUAUGUUAUAAUUUUUCAGUUUAAACGUGAAGGGGACUUUGGCCUUGAUUAUGCUUCUUGUCUGAGAACAGCAGUGACCCCUGGCAGCAAUCAUUACCAAAACACAGACAAACCAAAGGUAAGCAGCCAGCCCAGCACUGAAGGAAGGAGCUGAGACCCAGGACUCCCACGUGAGAGCCAAAGGAUUUGCCCUGUCACAGUUCAUCCUAGUGAACAUGACCUCUUGCUUUAUUUAUUUAUAUUUCUUUUCAGGGAGCGUUCCCAUUUUCCUUUCCUGUAUACCUGCCCCAGGUCAUCCCAUUUCUGUUGCUACCUUCAUUCUCAAUGUCAUGGCAGCCAUCGCUGGGAAAGCCAUCUUCUUCCCAUGGCACCUUUGCAUGUGUCUAAGCUGUUGGGAUCCAGAGGUCAUUUUGAUUAGCACAUGUGCACACACACUCACUUACUCUACUCGUUUCCCUGGCUAUAGAGGUGCACCCACUGGUUCCCACUUUAACGUGUCCUCAUGAUGGGGAUGGCCGGCCCAUUGUCAUCAUGUUGAGCCUCUCUUUUCCACACUGGCCUGCAAAGGAAAGAAAAGCUUCUGAUUUUUCAAAAACACAGCAACAAGCCAGGUGUGGUGGCAAACGCCUAUAAUCCCAGCACUCGGGAGGCUGAGAC